AGCUUCAUAAGUCACAAACAUCCAUCUUUUCUUUGUGUACACAGACUAGAAAAGGGAAAAAAGAAAAAAAUACUAUACUCCAAAAAACUAUGGCAAAAAGUAAAGUGUUGAUUGUGGGAGGAACAGGAUUCUUAGGAAAAAGAUUGGUGAAGGCAAGUUUAGAAAAUGGGCAUGAUACUUAUAUUUUGCAACGUCCAGAAAUAGCACUUGAUAUUGAUAAAAUUCAAAUGCUUAUUUCCUUUAAGAUGCAAGGAGCUCAUCUUGUUCCUGGUUCUUUCAAUGAUCAUCGGAGCCUCGUAGACGCUGUAAAACUCGUCGACGUCGUUAUCUGUGCUAUCUCCGGUGUAUAUGGUCGUAGCCAUCAAAUAUUGCUCCAACUCAAACUUGUUGAAGCCAUUAAAGAAGCUGGAAAUAUAAAGAGAUUCGUGCCUUCUGAGUUUGGAUCAGAUUCAGCAAGAAUGGGAGAUGCGUUGGAACCAGGAAGAAUAACAUUCGAUGAUAAAAUGGCUGUCAGAAAAGCCAUUGAAGAAGCUAAAAUUCCCUUCACAUAUGUUGUUGCUAAUUGCUUUGCUUGUUACUUCCUUGCUGGUCUUUGUCAACUUUUUCAAUUUCUUCCUGCUAGGGACUCUAUCGUCUUUCUUGGAGAUGCCAACCAAAAAGCAGUAUUUGUUGAUGAAGAUGAUAUAGCAACAUACACCAUAAAGACCAUAGAUGAUCCAACAACAUUGAAUAAAACACUUCACCUUAGACCUCCUAAGAACAUACUUUCUCAAAUAGAGAUUGUUCAAAUAUGGGAAAAGCUCAUUGGUAAAGAGCUCCAAAAAUCAACUCUUACCAAAGAAGACUUUCUUGCUUCCAUGAAAGAAUAUGGGUAUGAAGACCAAGUUGGACUCGGUCAUUACUACAAUGUUUGCUACGAGGGUUGCCUUGCAAACUUUGAAAUUGGAGAAGGAGGAGAGGAGGCAUCUAAACUCUACCCUGAGGUUAACUAUACCACAGCUGAGGACUACUUGAAGCGUUAUGUUUAACCAGAGUUCUCUGAUUUACAAUUUCUUCUAAUUAUAAUUGGCAUGUACUUAUCAGUUGUUAUAUUCGAUAACUGUUCUAGUAUUCAUGGAGAUCUGGUGCUGCAACAAUGAAUGCGAUAUACUUAUACCGGUUGCUUUCGAUAAGUGUGUCUAUACACACAUAUAUACAUGGAAAAUAAACUAUUUACAUGUACUGGAUAUUUACAUCAAAUUAAUAGAUGCAUGACAUGUGUUUGUAUCUA